GCGGAAGUUGUUCAUCACCGGGCGCCUUUCUUCAAAAACAAUCACAAGAACUGCUGCAUAACAGCUUUAUAAGAGACACAAAGAGACCUCACAGCGGGUAUCUGUGCGCCUUUUUUCAGCGCUACAAUGCCUCUCUCCACUCAGUCGCAAGGUGAUGACGAACAGUAUGUUUUAGUGGCGAGUUUGGACAAUGCUCGCAAUCUCUCCAACAUCCUGAAAGCAAUCACCUUCAAAGAUCACGCCAUCUUCACAGCUACAACCAAUGGCCUUAAGGUCACAGUGGAGGACUCGAAAUGUCUGCAGGCCAAUGCCUUCAUCCAGGCUGAGAUCUUCCAAGAGUUCACCAUAAGAGAAGAUCUGGUGGCUUUUCAGAUCAACCUCACUGUUCUCCUUGAUUGCCUCAAUAUAUUUGGUGGAACCACAACACCAGGUGUAUCAACAGCCUUGCGGAUGUGCUACAGGGGGUAUGGGUACCCUCUGACGUUGUUCCUGGAGGAAGGUGGUGUAGUGACCGUGUGCAAGAUUAACACGCAAGAGCCAGAAGAACCGAUUGACUUUGAGUUCUGCAGCACUAAUGUCACGAACAAGGUGAUCUUGCAGUCAGAGAGUUUGAAGGAAGCCUUCUCUGAACUGGACAUGACUAGUGAAGUGCUACAGAUUACCAUGUCCCCCAGCCAACCAUACUUCAGGUUGUCAACAUUUGGGAAUGCUGGAAAUGCUCAUUAUGAUUACUCCAAAGACUCGGACAUGAUGGAACUGUUUAAGUGCACCGAGACACAAACGAACAGAUACAAGAUGUCCCUCCUGAAGCCGUCCACCAAAGCAUUGGCUUUGUCCUGUAAAGUCUCCGUCAGGACAGACAACCGGGGCUUCCUCUCUCUGCAGUACCUGGUCAGGAACGACGACGGACAAAUCUGCUUCGUAGAAUAUUACUGCUGUCCCGAUGAGGAGGUAGAAGAGAAUUGAGAACACAAAUCUGACUUGUAAUAAGCACCUUAACCACACACCGGAGUCCAGUUUGCCAGAGGAGGCAGGUAUGGAGAAAAUGCUGGACUUGCAAUGGGCACAGUGGAGUAAACAGAAAAUGAACUGAUUCAUCAUUUGCCAGAUUUGAGAGAAACAGAUGUUGUGCUUGUGAUUUGCUGCUGAUGUACUUAUGC